AUGACGAUGACGUCAGAGCCUCCAACAGAGCGGUCAGUCAUGGGAGUAAUAAGGGCAGCUCGGCCUUUCUUCGGUAACGCCUACGACAAGGUAGCCUUCGCCGUUCACGCGACUCUAUUCGCUUCCGGUUUCGUCCUCCGCGCCACCGGUCCGGCCGCCUUUUCAAGCAACAACACCAAUCCGUUUCCCGCCGGCAGGUACAAGGAGGUUGGAAUCAACGAUUGGAACCAAGUCCAGCCUAAUUACGCCUUUGUGUAUACCAAACCCAACUUGCAUCCCAAAUCGGGUAAUGUUUCCAACUUGGAGAACAUAGUGGUAAAGUGCCUAGGGUUGAAUGGUAAACUACACGUGGAUGCCCUAAGCAAAGGAGUGGACCCGAGCAGUCCUCAUGUGAUUGCCCAAAUGGAGAUCAACGUCGAGGAUUACGUGCCGGAGGAGACGAUUAAGGGAGCAACAAAUUUUAUGAAUCGAUACUAUCAUGAUUACAAUUCAAUGUUUGAGGAUUUGGGAGAUCUUGUGAGAUUUGUUCAUAACGAUAUCGUGACUAAGUUGACUAGUCCACCGUCGUGGCAGUCACGUCAGCCUACCGUCAUCUUGGGUAAGUUCGGAUCCGAGGUGAAGAAGCCAACGGAGCAAUCAGUGUGGGAAGUAAUGGUGGCAGCCCGGCCUUCCUUCCGGAACGGCUACGACAAGCUGGCUUUCGCCGUCCACGCGACCAUUUCCGCCUCCGGUUUUGUCCUCCGCGCCACCCGCCCGGUUACCUCCUGGGUAUUGGAUUUGUAUUCUUCCAACCCUUACGACAAGGUUGACAUUCAAUUCUGGGAUCAAGACGACAAACAUUACGCCUUCUUGUACUCCAAACCAGGCGACCGCUCCCGUAAUUUUUAUGUUAAAUGUUUCGUCGAGAACGGUUACUUGGAAGUUAUUGCCCGAAAACUAGGUUCUACUCGGAUACGUUCCCGAUUGCGAAUCAACAUCAAGGAUCACGUGACCAAUGAAGCUAAUACUAUUAAGAAUAAAUAUAGUUACGGUUCAUUGUUCAAGAAUUUCGAGAAGCUGGUGAGAGAUGUUUAUGAUGGAGUUGUGUAUUCACUUCGUUACUAGUCCUCCUCUAUAGUUUCAGUAAUCAUCAUUCAACGCGUUUAUCUCCUUCUACGGCAGACUACUAUCCGCCGGCCAGCUUCUUUCCAGCGUCCUAGGAGACAGCUGCUGUUUCGCCGUCCACCCGGAGUUCAAGAGCUUCUUUCCUUUCCGUCAAAUAAUGAGUCUUAAUUAUUCUCUUGUUGAGAUAAAGGGUAGUUUGGUUCUAUUCUUUUUGCACUUUUUUUUUUGCACUUUGUUGAUGUUACUCAACCUCUACAUUAUACUAGGCAGUCUUGGUUACGUUGCUCCC